AUGCCCAACUUGGCGCUCCAAGUGCGAGCUGAUUUCGAGGGUGUGACGGGUCUGGUACCUGAGGAUGGGGUACAUGCAGAGAUCAUGUUUCCUGUGACGUGCAUUUCUUGCCACGAAACACAUAGAAAUCCUGUCUCGCUCGACCCAGCGGGCGACGUUGAGAUGCAAAAAGGCAGGGGGACUGCGAACCUCGUCAUGUCCUGCGCCAACUGCCGCAGGGAGAUGAGCGCAUCAUUUAUCGUGCCAAAACCUGGCUCAAAAAAAGACGCCAAGCCCGGCGAAAUUUCACCAUACCACGAAAUUGCGCCGGUCGCAGAUGCGCGCGCCGCAUGGCACACACUGUGCACGGUGGAAUUCCGCGGGAUGAAUCCUGAAGACGCUCAGGUUGAUACCUUGCUUGCCGGCGAUGCAAAAUGGGCAUGCCGUGGCGACGAAUCGGGCACGCCAUUUGGCGACGUCGAAUUUGACGAGGGCGAAUGGCACGACUACGACGAUAAGGCUGGCGACGAAGUGGGCAUUACCGAGGUCAAGUUGCAAUGGAAACGUGUGUAA